AUGCCGUCGCAACCGGCUGGGACGCAGAAGACGACGCCGAUGGAACUCCGUUCGAGGCAAACGGAACCAAUGAAGGAGGCCCGAAGGCUUGACAGCGAGAGACGAGAAUUGGAGGAAGCUCGCCUGCGGAACGAAGCACUGUUAGCCAGAAUCCGGAAAGCUGAACAGAGCCAAGGGGCGAUACCGAGGAAAAGAGACAUUCCCGAGGAACCACCUACGGAGAUGGAGGUGCCAAGUGUUGCCGUUGUCAGUGAAUCCAUCGGUUACACUCUUAACGAAGCAGUAAAAAUGGUGCCCGUCUUCAAUGGUUCCUCGCCAACGUUAUUAACAUUCACCCGGGCGUGUAAAAGAGCCAGGCAGUUAAUUCCCGCUCACGCCGAGGGAACUCUGGUCAAACUCAUUAUUGGACACUUGAGUGGGCACGCCGCCGCUGCUGUGGAGGACGAAGAGAUCUACACCGUCGCCGAGCUGUGCAACACCCUAAAGGACAUCUUCGGACCACAGCGCACCGUCGACUACUACCGCGGCGAAUUAGCGAGUAUCUACAUGAAGAACGGUGAGCACGUUCUAGAUUUUAUAACCCGAGUAAAAGACUUGCGUGACGCGAUCCUCGAUUGCGACCGAGGCGCGCCUAAUAUUGACGAAAUCAACAAUUUCGCGAAAGGGUGCUUUAUUGAUGGGUUGAUGUCACCCAUGCGUUUAGAAGUAAAAUCGGUCGCGGCCGAACCGUUAAAAUGUGUAUUUCGGGAAGCAAUCUCAGCGUUCAAGAGAUUAGAGUUAGAAAAGUCGAGACAGGGCCGUACCGAAACGCGCCGUGUGAAUUUCGAACAGCGCGGCGGAACUCCCGACUGGCGACCGAGUAGAGACUUUAGAAGAAGCGAAUCUCCGCGCCGCGUUGAUUUCGGAAGGCGUGACCAAAACCCGGAAUGGCGCGAACGCCGUUUUAGCAGUCCACCGCGUCGCGACGCAUGGAAACCAACAUCGCCCGUUCCGCCGCGAAAUUACCAGGCGAAUCGGGGAUUCACGCGAUAUCCCCGCGGAGAUGACAGAAGAGACCCGCCGUUGGCCGAUAAAUUCUGCCGAUAUUGCAAUAUUCCGGGUCACGAUCUGCACGAAUGUAGGAAGCGUCAAUACAACGAACGAAUGCGAAAUUCGGGAAACGAGCAAGCCCUCCCGCCCGCGACGAACAAAGGACGGGAGGGCCCAAGCACGAAAACAGUGCACGCGGUUACAUUGGACCACGCAGAGUCAACUGUGUCGAUUGCUGGGGAGGAACAACAGACCCCCAAAUCAGAAUAAGCGCGCCGGAGUUAAAAUCAAUAUCCGUCGUGAUGGUCGACACUGGUGCCGCACCAAAUUUAAUAAAACUCGGGGCUCUGAAACCUCGCACGGAAAUAAACGCCAAGGAGGAAAC